CCUUCACCGACUGACCAAAUCGUGCUUGCGAAUCCGGCGUACCAGUCGCCAUCGUAUCAACUAGCGAGCGACUCAGUCGGACAACGGCGAGUCCCUAGGGCCAAAAGAGACGCAAAGCGUCCAAUCAUGCGAAGAGAAAAGGUUAUAUAUCCCACUCAAGACUGUGUAGAUAAAAAACGACCAAGCUAAAUUUUAACAGAAACCUGACUCUUGAACUGAUGCUCUGCAUACCUGAACAGCCAUGAACACGUGGGACUUCUGGGUUCUUGUCAUCACUGUCUUCUGUGACCUUAUACAGAGUGACCUUAAAGAGCUCCUCAACUAUUAGUGAGACUGAAUAUCUCUGACAGGUUUGGCUAGAUACAACCACAUUAUCUUCUAUGCAGCACUUUUGAUAUAACAGCACGCAGACUCUGAAACCUUGAUCUCCUGCUGAUACCGUUUGCCCCUGGGAGGAUCCAUAAACGCAGGAGCAAGCCCGAGGGGAAGCCACCUCCUCCAGGGAGCUGAGCCAGCCCGAGAGGAGGCUGGCAAGCCUUUCCUCUUCCUAGGCUUGAUCCCAUUCCAAGAUAAACUUUCACAGGCCAAGAGAUAACACACAACUUCAAGGUGACAAUCAGGAGUGCCUUUAAAAGUCCUCCUUCCUUGCUGGAGCUGCGCAGCUCCACCCCAAAGCUAGCCACCCGCAUCCACCCAGCUGCCAUGUGGGAACUUGUGGGUCUCCUGCUGCUCAUCAUAGCCUAUUUCUUUUGGCCCAAGUCAAAGAUACCUGGUACCAAGUUCCCCAAGAGCCUCCCCUUCCUGCCCCUGGUGGGCAGCCUGCCGUUUCUCCCCAGACGUGGUCACCAGCAUGUCAACUUCUUCAAGCUGCAGGAAAAAUAUGGUCCCAUCUUUUCUUUUCGCCUGGGAACCACAACUACAGUGAUCAUUGGCCACUAUCAGCUGGCCAGGGAAGUGCUAGUCAAGAAGGGAAAAGAAUUCUCCGGUAGGCCCCAAAUGGUGACUCUAGGCCUCUUGUCGGACCAAGGAAAAGGCAUCGCCUUUGCCGAUUCUGGUAGCCACUGGCAGUUGCACCGGAAGCUAGCACUCAGCACCUUUGGCCUGUUCAGGGAUGGUGACCAGAAGCUGGAGACUAUCAUAUGCCGGGAAGCCAGCUCACUGUGUGACAGGCUGCUAGCACACAAUGAGGAGUCCAUCGACCUGUCCCUGCCUAUCUUCAUGUCAGUCAUCAACAUCAUCUGUUCCCUCUGCUUCAGCAUCUCUUAUGAGCACAGUGAUCCAAAGUUGAGCGCCAUAAAGGCCUUUACAGAGAGCAUCCUGAAUAGCUUGGGCACCGAGAAUCUGGUGGACAUUUUCCCUUGGUUGAAGAUUUUUCCCAAUAAAGCCUUGGAAGUGUUAAAGAGACAUAUAAAAAUUCGAGAUCAAAUACUGACUGAAAUAUUGGAAAACUGCAAGGAGAAAUUCAACAGUGAUUCCGUCUCUAACCUGACUGACAUUCUGAUCCAAGCGAAGAUGAACGCAGACAAUAAUAACACCAGUGAAGCCCAGGGCUCAAACAUGUUCUCAGAUGAGCACAUCCUCGCCACGGUGGCAGACAUCUUCGGGGCGGGUAUAGAGACCACCGUCUCUGUGUUGAGCUGGAUCGUGGCUUUCCUCUUGCACCACCCUGAGGUGAAGAAGAAGAUCCAGAUGGAGAUUGAUCAGAAUAUAGGUUUCAGCCGCACACCGACUUUCAGCGACCGGACGCACCUCCUCAUGCUGGAGGCCACAAUCCGAGAAGUGCUUCGAAUCAGGCCGGUGGCUCCCAUGCUCAUCCCCCACAGGGCUACUGCUGACUGUCGCAUUGGAGAGUUUACCAUCCCCAAGGACACAAAUGUGGUCGUCAAUCUGUGGGCGCUGCAUCACAAUGAGGAGGAAUGGGACCAGCCAGAUCGGUUCAUGCCUGAGCGCUUCUUAGAUCCAAAGGGAAGCCAUCUCAUUACACCCACCUUAAGCUACCUGCCCUUCGGAGCUGGUCCCCGCGCCUGUGUCGGAGAGGUGCUGGCUCGUCAGGAGCUCUUCCUCUUCAUGGCCUGGCUGCUGCAGAGGUUUGACCUGGGUGUGUCAGACGAUGGGAAGCUGCCCUGUCUGAAGGGUGACCCCAAGGUGGUCUUUCUGAUCGACCAUUUCAAAGUGAAGAUCACAGUGCGCCAGGAAUGGAAAAACGCCCAGGCUGAAGCUAGCACCUAGCUGUGCUAGCACUAUAACUCGGACAGAGCCACACAGCAGAACAGCAGAGGUGCCACUGCCACUGCUCUCUACAUUCUUCUCCCUCCUGUCCCAUUUUCUAGUUUGCAGCAAUAAAGGGUGGUAACACAUAAAUUAAAUAUUUUCCAGUAAAA